AUGAAACCUGGAGAUAUUAUAUGUUCACAUGUAGAUAUCCCUACUAUUCCAGUUGAUCCAAAAGGUGAUGCUUAUCCAAUCGGUGCAUUACCAGUUGGCACAAUUAUCAGUCAAUUUGAAAUAAAACCUGGUAAAGGUGCUUUAUUUUGUCGGACAGCAGAAUCUAGUGCAACAAUAUUUCGACGUGGAAAAUAUGUUGGUUCAAAAUUAAAUGAAGAAUUAAAUUUCACAUCUUUAACUGAUGAACUAGGAGAUGAAUAUGUUGUGUUUGUUAGAUAUGUCGGUUUUGCGAUGUAUGCACAGAAGCACACUAAAUAA